AUGGAUCCCAGGAGUACCUACCGCAAUGGACAGAUGAUGAGCGUACCUGGACGCAUGAAUCAGACAUCGCAGAUGCUGAUGUCAUUACAACAUACCGUUAACGCCAGAGACGUAAAAGAAGGCAGUCAAGGCCAAAGUAGCCAGCGACAACGAGAACUGCUGAAAAAUCAGCGAGCCACAAACAGCGCACGAGGCGGGAGACCUAAGCACUCGAAAAUCCCAACAGAAAUAUGUAAACUUCCAAGUUUGGAGCUACAGGACAGGGUGCUAUCCUUGUUGGACUCCGAACAAGGCACUGAAGCGAUGGUCCGUGACGCAGUAGCAGCGGUCAGGGACAGGCGGGCUCAACUGGAACAGCAGACGAGAGCUUAUGUCCGACGGGAGGAUGUCCCUCUGCUGGCAGUCGGCUCGAGGGUCUGGUAUCGGCUGCGAGGGAAGUCGCAUGACCUGUCAUCGCGGUGGGGUGGACCGGCGCGAGUAGUGGCGGUUCAAGCACCUUUGACGCAUACGGUUGAGAUGUCUGAUGGAUCUCACCGUACCUUCUUACGGGCAGAGUUGAAACCGCAUGUUGAAAAGCUCUCGGAGCAAGAGGAACAGCGCUCUGUGGUGCAGUAUCGCCCACAUAGCCCGUACGAGGAGUGGUUAAUGCAUCAUUCGCCUCUGACUGAGCGGCAGGAUGGCUACCGUCAAGCGUUUGAUCAUGCCAUGCAUCGUACGAAGCAGGCGAGAACUUGGGCAGGUACGCUGGGAGUUGUGGUGCGACGAGGCGAAUCUACCAUUCAUUGCGCCACUGGUGGACGGUGA